AUGACAUUCGAUAUAGCUAAUGGAAGUUUUAACCGGAAAUGGGAACCUGGUAUGGAUCUCCCACGAGGAAGUGCGCCAAGACUACGAAUGAAGCCAGAUGACCUUAUAGAGUGCCCUAGAGAAGGAGACGGAACACUUGAAAACCCUAUGGUAAUCUGGGCAGCUCGCUUGACGAAAAAACAACGGGAGGAACUAACAAUUCCUGAAUUUGAGGACGAAGCAGAUCUAUACCGUGCGAUCGAUGCUAACACCGAUAUAGCAAAGACAGUAGCUGUGAGGUCUGGAUGCACAGUUGUUUGGAUAAUCUGUCCCGUUCACGAGAGUAAAUACGUUUUUGAAAAUGGCGAAAGAGUACCAACAAAGUGGAACAAUGCUGGCGAACCCACCGAUUACCUUGUCGUAGAUGCGGAUCCACACAUGACUUUAAGACUGGGUACGAGCGAGGAUUUAUGUCAGCUCCAUGGCCAUGUCAACGUACUCAAGGACGAGAGGGGAUUUCCAACCACAUUUAUGACCAAGUUUCAAAGGCAUUGUAGCGGACAUGUUACCGACGGCGACGAGAGGCCGCUUGAGCUUUUCGAAUGGAAUGAGAAGGGCACUGCAGCUGAAGAACGUCUCCGGCAGGCAGCUGCAGACUACGAGCUCUUUAAAACAUUAACUGUACGGAGCGAAGGAUGGGAAUUUGACGAAGGGAACAGGGACACCGACUAUAAGCCACCUGAUCACUUGGAAGCCAUAUUGGAUAACGAUGCCAAGUAUUCACCCUUAGUAAAUGAAGAAGAUGAAUGUAUUGACCCUGCAUUCGAGGAUUAUAUCAUCCAUACAAACUUCCUGGCCCACCUCAAUAUUUUCGUCGGCAUUCCCAGGUUUUUUAAUAUUUGGAGGAAUAUCGAACUUUAA